UAUUUAUCUUCCCCAGAAACAAGCGGCGCAAGAAACAGUUCUGCUGAACAAAGUUACGACUAAUAAUGAACGUUUCCAUUGGACGAUUAGUGUGUUAUAUAUUUAAAUAUAUCACAUUUGUUUAAUAAACCGUUAAUAAGCCAAUUAACAUAUUGAGUAGAACCUUCGUUUAGUUCAGUACUGCCACAAAUAAGUAGGUUCGUGCAGAAACGUUUUUUCCAGCCAAGUUUAGGAUGUUUGUUUUGAAUUUAUUUCUCAGACAGAAAAUACUGCAAUGGUUGGACACCAGUAAUAAUAAUUUAAUUAUUUUAAGUACCCCUGUAUAGUUGUGACCUUGUUAUGACAUACUCUGGGUCAUGCACAGUAAAGCAUUUCAGUUAAUUCAUAUCUGCUGCAGCACACAUUUAUCAGGAUACUCGGUCUUUUCCAUGAAUAUUAUGCAAACUAGAUCAGCCUGUAUGGAAAGUGGUUGGAAGGCAGUUAUGUGCUGAAAAAACACAUGCAGCGCCAUCCUUCCCAGUUCGCAGCAGCUGCCUGGGAGGACACACGUUACGAACAUAUCCCGGGUGUUCCUCAGCACCGUUCGGAGAUGGGAAUAAUUGACGACGUCAAAGACACGCUGUCCAAGGCGGUGUUCACCCCCUCCACUCUGCUCUCUGGCCGAGGUGGGAUGCACAUGGCUCAGAUCAUCCUGUGUGUGGUCACCUUCCUCCUGGCUGCCUUCAGAGGAUGGAGCGGCCACACGUACUGGAGCUACGCCAUGUUCACCUGGGCCUUCUGCCCCAUCAUGACCCUCUUCAUCACCAUCAUUGAGAUGUUCAAGCUCGACAUUAUACUCAAUAUGUUUUGCAUGGACUGGUCCGACUUCACCACAGGGAUGGCGAUGUCUUCAACACUCAUGACAGUGUCCGUCGCUAUUACCUACGCCAACUUCUAUGUCUGCCUGAAAUGUAUUUAUGGCAUUAUAGUGAGUGCAUUUGCUUUUUUGACCGGUUUUGUCUACACGCUUGAAGUGGUGAAGGACAAGUUCAUGGACAAGAAGAAAGGGAGCUACUUGGCAGCUAUGCCUGGAUUCUGGAAGGUGAUGGAGGCCUUUGUGAGCUGCAUCAUUUUCAUAUCACUGACUGGACACAGAGAGAAGCCCGUUCUGAUCCUCUGCAUCAUAGCGUACGCCAUCCCCUUCCCCAUUCUCCCUCUAAUCAUAGCCACCAACAUCUUCAAAAAGCUGAAGACGUGCUUGCCCUUUAACCUGGACAGGUUUGUAUUUAUAUUCCUGGUGGUUUCUGUUGUGCUGUACAUCUUUGCUGCCAUUCUGUGGCCCGCUGUUACCUUUAACAACCCCCGUCCCAGCGACUGUCCCCCCAGCUUCUGUAUCUGGGCCAUUCAGUUCAUGGUCACAUUUAUGACCUACGUGAAUCUGAUUCUUUUCACACUGGACCUGGUUUUUACUUUGCUCGGUAUCUGUGGCUUCAAACGCACAUAACGUUCGCAUUAUAUCCCCAAACCUUUAAACUUUAAUGUUGACUGGACGUGUACUAAAUAAAAAAACAACAGAGAGCAGAGGGCUUUUAACUCUCCAGUGACAUUUUUCAGUGCCACAGAACAGAACUAAUAUUUUUCCUUUUAACAUAAGUAUAAUUUUGUCAAAACCAAAUUUUGCAUUAGUAUUCUGUUUCAUAUUGUUAUUGAUUUCACCGUAUGGUUGGAUAUGUGUAUAAUUAACAUUAAAUUAUACAUUUAUCCAGUUUGCGCUCUCAAAAAUAACAAGUAUUAUGGAAUUUGCAGUCAUUUGCAUUAUAUUUGAGAUGAUUGUGCAUAAAAGUGUGCAUUUGGACACAUCCGCGUUUCCUGUCCUCUGUC